GUUUAUGUGUCAUACAGAGUCCUGGGCGGGGCGUUCAUAACCCGGAUGUGAUUCCCCACGUGCGGUAUUCUCUGUUAGAUCACUCGUGCAGCGCGUGCGGCAGCUCCCAGCGGUUCCCUCUCAGAGAUGUUUCGUUUAGCGACCGUCAUGAGGCAGGUGAGGCCUGUGAGCCGGGCGCUGGCUCCUCAUCUCACACGAGCCUACGCCAAGGACGUGAAGUUUGGAGCUGACGCUCGGGCGCUCAUGCUGCAGGGGGUAGACCUGCUGGCGGACGCCGUGGCCGUCACCAUGGGCCCAAAGGGGCGCACCGUCAUCAUCGAGCAGAGCUGGGGCAGCCCGAAGGUUACCAAGGACGGCGUGACGGUGGCCAAGAGCAUCGAUCUGAAAGACAAGUACAAGAACAUUGGCGCCAAGCUGGUGCAGGAUGUGGCCAACAACACCAAUGAGGAGGCUGGCGACGGCACCACUACCGCCACAGUGCUGGCCAGAGCCAUCGCCAAGGAGGGCUUCGACAACAUCAGCAAAGGGGCAAACCCUGUGGAGAUCCGCCGCGGCGUCAUGAUGGCGGUGGAGGCGAUCAUCAGUGAGCUGCAGAGACUCUCCAAGCCUGUCACGACCCCCGAGGAGAUCGCACAGGUCGCAACCAUCUCAGCCAACGGAGACACGGAGAUCGGAAACAUCAUCUCCAAUGCCAUGAAGAAAGUCGGUCGCAAAGGAGUCAUCACAGUGAAGGAUGGGAAAACUCUGCAGGAUGAGCUGGAGAUCAUCGAGGGCAUGAAGUUUGACCGCGGUUACAUCUCUCCCUACUUUAUCAACACUGCCAAAGGUCAGAAGUGUGAGUUCCAGGACGCCUACCUCCUGCUGAGCGAGAAGAAGAUCUCCAGCGUGCAGAGCAUCGUGCCAGCUCUGGAAAUCGCCAACCAGCACCGCAAGCCGCUGGUGAUCGUGGCUGAGGAUGUGGACGGAGAGGCGCUGAGCACGCUGGUCCUAAACAGGCUGAAGGUGGGGCUUCAGGUGGUGGCAGUCAAAGCUCCAGGCUUCGGGGACAACAGGAAGAACCAGCUGAAGGACAUGGCCGUGGCCACCGGGGGCACUGUGUUUGGGGACGAGGCUCUGGGUCUGGCUCUGGAAGACAUCCAGGCUCAUGACUUUGGGAAGGUGGGGGAGGUUCAGAUCACCAAAGAUGACACCCUGCUUCUGAGAGGGGGGGGCAGCCCAGCCGACGUGGAGAAGCGGGCAGCGGAGAUCGCCGAGCAGCUGGAGAACACCACCAGCGACUACGAGAAGGAGAAGCUGAACGAGAGGCUGGCCAAGCUGUCGGAUGGCGUGGCCGUGCUGAAGGUUGGAGGAACAUCAGAUGUGGAAGUGAACGAGAAGAAGGACAGAGUAACGGACGCUCUCAACGCCACCCGGGCAGCAGUGGAGGAAGGGAUUGUCCCUGGGGGGGGCUGUGCCUUGCUGCGCUGCAUCCCCUUCUUGGACACCCUCAAACCCGCCAACAACGACCAGAAGAUCGGUGUGGACAUCAUCAGGCGAGCCCUCCGGAUUCCCGCCAUGACCAUCGCCAAGAAUGCCGGCGUGGAGGGGUCCCUGGUAGUGGAGAAAAUUCUGCAGGGGGGCGCAGAGAUGGGCUACGAUGCCAUGCAGGGGGAUUACGUCAACAUGGUGGAGAAGGGCAUCAUCGACCCCACUAAGGUGGUGAGGACCGCCCUCAUGGACGCUGCGGGGGUGGCGUCUCUGCUGUCCACCGCCGAAGCCGUGGUCACAGAACUCCCCAAGGAAGAGAAGGAGAUGCCAGGAGGCAUGGGGGGCAUGGGAGGAAUGGGAGGAAUGGGGGGAGGCAUGGGUUUCUGAGGCUGCCCCCCUGAAUUUGUACAGACUGAAUCACAGGUUGGAGCUUCGGAGGAGGGGGGGGGGUCUCUUCCAACAAAAUCAUCAAAACCUCAGAGGACCGAGAACUGACCCCCCCUGACCCCCACACAUAAUGGACAAAGACGGGGUUGUCUGAAGGGACGAUGAGCGUUUAUUUUUGGGGUUGGGGGCUACUGUGUAUGUGGGCAGACCCCCCCUUGGUCUUUGUGAAGCGUGGAUUUGGGAAGUUGUGAUCUAUGGAGCAUCUUCCAGGAAUCCUGAAAGUCCGGGAUCAUCUUGGAGGGGGAUGGGGGGGGUUGUUGUAGUCCGUCUUUAUUGAUUUAAGUAAAGAUUUUUUUACUAAGCAUUUCCUGUCGUUUCUAAUAAUGUUCUUCAGAAACUUGAAUGUUUGCUCAUCUUCAUCACAUGAAUACUCUUCAUCAGUGUUGGUAAUAAAGCAGCCAGCAGGUGGCA